GGCGUCGACGAGGCCGCCGCUGCCGCCAUGAGCCGCCGGCCUUCGUUCAGCGAGUGCCUGCGCGACUGGGAGGAGCUGCAGGACGGCUUCCAGCGCGUGCAGGAAACCCACAGGUUGUACAAGCAGAAGUUGGAAGAGCUGACAAAGCUCCAGGAUGGGAUCUCCAGCUCCAUCACCCGGCAGAAGAAACAGCUGAAGGAGCUAUCGCUGGCCCUCAAAAAGUGCAAGUCUUACCUUCUUGCCGAUCAGGAGGAGACCGUCCAGGAGAUCCAGGACAUGAUCAAAGAGCGGCAGAAUGUCUUCUUUGAAAUGGAAGCUUAUUUGCCCAAGAAGAACGGGUUGUACCUGAGCCUUGUGCUGGGGAACGUGAACGUCACCCUGCUCAGCAAGCAGGCUAAGUUUGCCUACAAGGAUGAAUAUGAGAAGUUCAAGCUCUACCUCACCAUCAUCCUCAUCAUUAUCUCCUUCACCUGCCGGUUCCUCCUCAACUCCAGGGUGACGGACGCCGUCUUCAAUUUCCUCCUGGUCUGGUACUACUGCACACUCACCAUCCGGGAGAGCAUCCUGAUCAACAACGGCUCCAAGAUCAAGGGCUGGUGGGUUUUCCAUCACUAUAUUUCCACCUUCCUUUCCGGCGUCAUGUUGACGUGGCCGGAUGGACUCAUGUAUCAGAUGUUCAGGAACCAGUUCCUUUCCUUUUCCAUGUACCAGAGUUUUGUGCAGUUCCUGCAGUAUUACUACCAGAGCGGCUGCCUCUACCGGCUUCGAGCCCUGGGGGAACGACACAACAUGGACCUCACUGUGGAGGGCUUCCAGUCCUGGAUGUGGAGGGGCCUCACCUUCCUGCUUCCGUUCCUCUUCUUUGGCCAAUUCUGGCAGCUUUACAACGCCAUCACCCUCUUCCGACUGGCGAGGCAUCCCCAGUGCAAAGAAUGGCAGGUGCUGAUGUGUGGCUUUCCUUUCUUCGUCCUCUUCGCCGGCAACUUCUUCACCACCUUGCGGGUGGUCCAUCAGAAGUUCCAGGAGAAGACCAAGGAUUCCAAGAAGCAGUGA